GGCGACGUCAUCGGUCCGCGCCGUCCGAGGUGGAGGGGGGAGAGCAGGAUGCUGAGCCGUCUCCAGGAGCUGCGCCGGGAGGAAGAGACGCUGCUGCGGGUCAAGGCGGCGCUGAACGCCCAGCUCAACCGCCUCAAGGUGGAAGAGCUGGCUCUUCAGUCCAUGAUCAAUGCAAGGGAAGAGAAUAUGCCCAUCUCUUCUGCGGCUCUAACGGAAGAACAUCAAAAUGAGCAGAUGGACAAUGAAGCAGCUAUCAAUCAGACUAAACUGCAGCUACAAAUGUGUAUCAGUGAAGAAGAGGAGGAGGAAGAGGAAGAAGAACAGGAAUCGGAUUCCUAAAGUGGGGCAUACAGCAGUCUGGCUACCCUUCCCCACCUCCCACUCAGGAACCUCCCUGUUUUCCAUUUAAAAAAAAAUAUGACUGUACGAGACUUUGCCUGGUGCUGCAGAGAUCCGGCUGUACUAAGAAAUGCAACAGCAUUUCCCAAAGCUUCCAGAAGUGAAGAUAAACUGUUGGUAGGAAUGUGGUGUUGAUUCAUAACUAUGUAGCAUGUUUUAUCCUUAACACACAAACACACUCUUGGAGCCAAGUAGCAUUCAGGAGAUGCCAGGACACAGCUCUCAAAGCAAUAAUUUCUCCAUGAAACAUCUAUGGCUGGUAAAAAUGAUAAUUCUAAACAAACGGCAGCAGCAAAACCACAUUAGGUAAAACUGUUCAAACUAUAAAACAAAGGAAAAAAGAACUAAUCCAGGACUCUGUGCAUGUAGCUAUUUGGUGGGUUUGCUGUGGCAUAAAACCACUACUGAUAAUGAUCUCUAACCAUCUUUUGUUCGUUGUAUAAACCUUUGAACACAUCA